GUGCGACUCCCAAAGCCUCGCCUGCUGCAGCGGGCCCUGCGGCCGCCAACCUGACUGAGGCUGAUCCUGAUCACUCGGUUUCUGGUCAGGGGGAGGAGCCUAGUGAUGAUGCAGCCAGUGUAAAUGCAUGGGGCCUGUUGGCUCCCCUGAGCCCAACCACCCAUGCUGCCGUGCCUGAGGAAAGCCAGGAUCCCGCCUUAUGGCUGUCGGAGCCUUUUAGUCCCUUUGCUUACGACCCUGUGCACGACCCCAACCUUGGUGACCCUGCCUCGGACUUGGGUUCUUAUGAUAUGGUUCAUAGUGGGGAACGGGAAAGGUCUCUUGACCCCGAAGACAUUUGGUAUGAUUCAGUGCGAGAUCAUUCUUUAGACGCGGUCCUAGUCGAAGGUGACAGAGAGGAGGUCGCAACCAGUGUUGCGGAAGAGCCUCUUCUGCCUGCUGAGUCGCUAUCCAGCAAGCGUGUCUUCGAGGAUGCCAGGUGGGCCGAGGUUGCUCAGGAGGCAAAGUUCAGGCGUGUGUGUCAGGACUUGCCAAAGUUGCCUUGGGAGCAAGGUGCAUGGUCCAGUAUUUUUGGACCUGAGAGAAACAUGAUCGACGAUGCCCUUAGGAGCAGUGUGCAAGCCUCUUAUGGCUCCGAGGAAGCUGGUCAAUUGCCACCUGAGAACCUGCCGUCAGCUUCGGCCUUUCUUGAGAAAACUUCGAGUGUAGUUAGGACUAGGCUAAGGCGGUUUCAUCUUGAGCGACCGGCAGAUGAUCGACGGGAGCACGCCAUAAAGCGACUGAGGGCCCUCAUCAUGUACGAUCCCGACACUACCUUCUUGGGGAUGGUAGUGGCAAAGGAGGCAGCGAACCUAGCUGACGAUGAGGCUCUGUCAUACUCCUUCACUUGUGCUUUUGCGAAGAGUGCUUCCGGCUCUCUCAUAAAGCGAGCUGGGUCCCUUGACCGUUUUGGUAAGUGGAUCCUUAGCUGCCGAGGGACCUCGCCCCUUAGAAGCUCCGAGGUUGACUUGUUUGCCUACUUCUCGCACCUGCAGGGCGAGGGGGCGGGAGCCACGUCAUGCCAGCAUUGUGUGGAGGCACUGCGAUUCCUCCACGGUGUUGCGGUGUUUCAAGUGCUUGACCUUGAAGAAGUCUUUAGCGCCAGGGUGCUAGGGAUUGUGAGGAUUAUGCACGUAACAAAGGCCCCGCUAGCUCAGCGUCCCCCUCUGACUGUAGAACACCUGUCCCUCUUGGAGCAGUUUGUGACCAUGAACAAGGAUCACCGCGCAUGUGUGGUAGGCCAACUGGUCUUCUGCGCACAUGCUUGUGCCCGGUGGGCAGACAGUCAGCGCGUACAGAGCCUAACCAUGGAGUGCGAUGCUGAGAGCGGUGUGGUACUGAUAGUAGCCGGGGCACUCGGCUCCAAAACAGCGAUCUCCGCUGAAGCACGCACGCGGCUUCUGCCGUACGUCGCCCUGGGCAAAGGCGUAAGCAACGUGCCAUGGGCAGAGGCGUGGAUGGAGGCCAGAAAAGAAAUGGGUCUGCAAGCUGGAGGGUCUUUUCUCCUUCCAACCUGGAGUGAGCGAAAAUAUGACUGGGGUGAUUUUGAAAUGGGGGCCGCGGAGGCCACGAACUACCUCAGGGAGGCGCUCAUUUCCAUGGGAUGCGAUCUUGAUGAGGUUCAGGACUAUGGCAGCCACAGCAUGAAAACUACUGUCUUGACUUGGUGCGGCCGUAGCACGAUCAUUCCUUUCACGGAGCCUGAGCAGCGUGCGCUUGGCCAUCAUCUGGAUCCGACAAGCAAAUCUCCUUUGACUUACAGCAGAGAGUACUAUUUGAAGCUCUAUGCAAAGGUGCUGGCCGUCUUUUCGACCAUCCAGCAAAACCGUUUCAAGCCGGAUUUGCCUGGUGCUGCAAGUGUUGCUGCUAUGGCGCAGUCCUUUGAAGAGGGCAACGAAAGGGGCUUGAGCCGACUUGAAAUUCCGACGUCAAAGCUGAACAGCGAAAAGAUGGCUGAGGAUGGGGAGUCGGACGACUCCGAUCACGCCUCGAUAGAUUUGGACAGAGAGCUCGAAAGGGAUGAUGGCCCGACCGAACGUGAAGUUUUUCGAGGGGUCCCCUGGUUGUGCAACAUGACUUCCUCCGCCCUGGAAAGUACUGCCGAGUUUGCUGAGAGGUGCAAGCGGCUAGGACUGUCGGCAGCCAACUUGGAGGUGCUCCAGCAUGCAGGCGUUGCAAGCUUUGGCCAGUUGUGCUUUAGCGUGAGUGCCUCCCCUCACACCAUCACUGACCAGACAUUCGAAGCAUGGGUUCAGCGGCUUUGGGUGCCCUCGGUUCCUUCUGAGCAGCAGCAAACAUGUCUGAAGAAGCUCCUUUUCGAAAGCCAAACCAUGUCAAUGGGCGAGAUUCGUCAGAAGAUGCAACCGGCCUCGGAGCAAGUUGCAAAGCCUCUGCCCCCGUCGGAGCGGUUAGCCAGGUCGCAACGGCAGCAGGCUCGGAUCACUGGUUUGGUGUACACUCCAGAGACUACUCCCUCGCACUACCUAGUUGACUUGUUUAACGAUCAACUUGAGACGGGAGUCAUUGCAUGGGUCGCGCCUGAAAAGUGCGCUUCCAGGGCAGAUGAAAUGCAAAGCAAUAAGAAGGACAAAGCCUUGCAGCUCAUGCCGGAUGGACAGAUCAAGGUUAACUCCAAGGCUGCAGAGGUCAGGUGUGAAGCCAGCACUGACUCCAAGCUUCGUGCAGCUUGGCAGAGACGGUCCCUUGCAAUGGACAUGGCUGGGAUUGCAACUUUCAUCGUGGUUGAAAAGUGGGUACAUCAUCUCUUUUCAGUGUUUGCCCGCGACGUGCCGGAAGGUUAUGCACCCAUCCAGUUGAGGCAGAUGGUAAAUGCCGACAAGCGCUUGUUCAUGUUGGCCGCCGAGGGCCUGCCUGCUGAUCUCAGGGCCAGCCGGCCCGGAGACAGGACACCUCUGGAUGAUCAAAUUAUCAUGCUGAUGUUCUCUCCCGAGAUCUCUCAGUACCUUGUGCCGAUGCCCAAGCCUCAUGUUCCGCCCCCACCUCCGGGGGGUAAGGCCUUAGCUGAAUCGCUGAAGCGGGCCCUCAGUGAGGACUUGCCCUUUGAUAAAAACUUCUUGAGUCGGGCUUGGAAGAAGGGCAAAGGCGGCAAGGGCGGAAAGGGUGGAGACAAGCAGGAGGAUCCGGCAAAGCGAUUCAACCUUCCCGAAGGUUGCUGUGAUCGCAAUGACAAGAACCAGCCUCUGUGUUUCUUGUGGAAUCAGGGGAAGUGCAAAUGGGUGGUCCUUGUGUCAUACACGGUGAGGGGCCUCAAGGGCAUGCCUGUUCCCACUCCCCUAGAUCCUAAGCCUGAUGCCGAGACCAACCCGGAGAGUCCGUCUUCAGCUUCGGUCGGCGAAACCCCGUUCGCCCUCGAACUCUUUUCGGGGCGGGGACGGCUGUCGCAAUGCUUGCGCCGGGCCGGAUUUACCGUCUUGUCCAUGGACCACAGGCUAGCUCACAGCCUCGUGCCAGUUUGCAAAACUGAUCUUGCCACCGAGGCAGGUCAAGCUUUCGUGUGGUCGCUCCUCGAAUCCUGCUGCCCUGCCUUUGUCCAUAUGGGCUUGCCUUCUGACACAGCCUCUUCUCGCUCCUCCUCAGGAGCCUUGCGUACCUCGCAAUAUCCUUUGGGAUGCCCGGAUUUAACCUCAGGCAGUCUUGAGGCCACACGCGUGGAUGAGGCCAACCGAAUGUACCGCUUCUCUUUUGAGGUUGCUUGCUUUUGCCUGGCCAGGGGUAUUCCCCUUUGCAUAGAGAACCCGCCGAGUUCCAGACUGUGGCAAAUCUUUUCUUGUUUCGCGCAGGGCUUGAAAGACACAGAGGUGUUAGCCAAGUGGCAGGCAUUGCCGUCAAUCGACCUGCAUUGUUGCAUGUUUGGCGGCUCCCGUGCUAAGCCAUUGCGGCUUAAAUGUACACCUGGCCUGUUCGACUCCCUUGCGGUGUCAUGCGACAAGCAACAUGAGCACAAGCCCUGGUCCCUCAGCCGCACUCGUGUGGAGAUUGCCGAGGAUGCAUCUUACCCUCUGGAUUUGUGUCGUCGUAUGGUUUCAUGCUUGCUGUCUUUCAUGGGCCAAGCUGGACAGGCCUUGCCGUCUGCCAUCCGUUUGCAUGACCAAUCCUUGGCUGCAGCUGGGGUCCAACCGCGCCGGCAUAAACCUCUAAUCCCCGAGUACAAGACAGUCGUGCAGGUCCCAGCGGACUCUCCAAUCCCGCCUGGUGCCAAGGUGCUUUCUCCCAGCCAACUUCAGGGGGUGGAUGUGGCUGCUCAUGUGGCUACUCCGAUGUCUACACCCUCCUCUGGUUCGACCACUCCGACUGUUGGUGCCGUGACCUUGGGCCUUUGGCACUCUCCGAGCGAAUUCUUUCACAAGGCUGCAUCUCUAGCUCACCCCAUGGAUACCACCAAGCCGGUGGCCAUGGUGACGAAGGCAGCAAUCGAUUCCUCCUUACAUGGGGACCCGGAUGCACUAUCCGAGCAAAGGAGAUCCUUCCUUUGCUACUUGGAGGAGAAGAUUCGCCGCCUUCAGCCCCGCGAGGACGCCUUACACAAAGGCAUGCCAAAAUAUAUGCAGGAAGUUCUUGAGGGCAAAAACUUGCUAGCCUGGGAGGAGCUCUUGAAAGAGACGGGCUAUACUGACCUUGAUUGCGUGCGCUUCAUGAAGGAGGGUGUGAGGCUUGUAGGGUGUGAGGAACAUCCAAAGGACUUUGCAAAGAAGGAGGAUGCUUCCCUGCUGUCCCAAGCCACUGCCGAGGAGGUCGAUGCUGGCUUCCUUGAGCGAGGUAUGACUGCCGAUGAGGUUAGUGCCUUCUUCGGUCACGAAGAUUGGGGUGUGGUACGAAGGUUUGUGCUGGUCCAGGAUGGAGGUCGCAAGGUCCUUAUUGGACACCUGAACUUCGCCUCCGGCUUCUUUGCCGGAAGGGCCCUGCGACAUGUGGCCUACGACUUGAAUCAUCUGAUGGGCAAGGAUUGGCUUUCAGCUAAGGACUCCUUGGAUGAGUUGGGCAGCCGCAUCUCCGUCAUCCUUCAGGGCACCCCUCCCCGGUCCUUAGUGUGCAACCGAGUGCGCCAACCGAUCCUGGUGUGGACCGAUGGCUCUUGGGAAAAGGGACAUGCGGGUAUAGGUGCCGUUGAAUGGGAUCCCAUUACCUCGAAGGGUGCGGUUUGGGCUGGCCACGUCCCAACUAGCAUCACUGCUUUGUGGUUGAGAACUGAAGAUCACACUCAGGAGCAGAUAAUAUCGCAGGUCGAGUUGUAUGCAAUGGCACUCAUCAGACAUCUACGGAAAGAAGCAUGGAUGCACCGAAGGGUCAUCGUCUUCUGUGAUAACGAGGCGGCACGCUUCGCAGCCAUAAAGGGUGGCAGCAGCAGCCACAGCAUGAAUCGGCUGGUGCAGGCAUGGGAUCACCCAAAUUUUGAUCACCCAGCUUACUUGUGGAUCGAGCGUGUGCCCUCUUUCUCGAAUAUUGCUGAUGGUCCCUCAAGGGGCGUGCCCGAAGAGGCCUUACGCCUUACACGUACCAGCUCUUGCAGAACUUUUGAGACAGAGGCCGAGCUCGAAACUCUUUUGUUCAGCAGGCGCAGAAAGGAGAUGGGGUGA